CACACAAUUAUGUAAUUACAUGAUUAAGUUUUCCACGAGGUAAAUAAUAAGGAAAUAAUGACGUGGUGGCAAUGGGCCUUCAGCAGGGUAUAAAGGAGGCUAUGGACCCAGAAGACUUCCAAACCCAAGAACUUCACUCUCUUGGAAACCCACCCAGAUCCUCCCCGUUCUGACACCAUGGUCAGCUCCUGUUGUGGCUCCGUGUGCUCUGACCAGGGCUGCGGCCAAGAUCUCUGUCAGGAGACCUGCUGCCGCCCCAGCUGCUGUGAGACCACCUGCUGCAGGACCACCUGCUGCCGCCCCAGCUGCUGUGUGUCCAGCUGCUGCAGGCCCCAGUGCUGCCAGUCUGUGUGCUGCCAACCCACUUGCUCCCGCCCCAGCUGCUGUCAGACCACCUGUUGCAGGACCACCUGCUACCGCCCCAGCUGUUGUGUAUCCAGCUGCUGCAGGCCCCAGUGCUGCCAGUCUGUGUGCUGCCAACCCACCUGCUGUCGCCCCAGCUGCUGUGAGACGACCUGCUGCCACCCUAGGUGCUGCAUCUCCAGCUGCUGCCGCCCCAGCUGCUGUGUGUCCAGCUGCUGCAAGCCCCAGUGCUGCCAGUCUGUGUGCUGCCAGCCCACCUGCUGCCGCCCCAGCUGCUGCCGCCCCUGCUGCUGCCUGCGUCCAGUCUGUGGCCGAGUCUCCUGCCACACCACUUGCUAUCGCCCAACCUGUGUCAUCUCCACCUGUCCCCGCCCCUUGUGCUGUGCCUCCUCUUGCUGCUGA